AAGAAAAAAAGUAUCAAAAGCCAUAUUCAUCCCAUAACUAUAGAGCAAUAUUUUCUCGUUCCUUUCAAUUUGAAAACUGACUUUUUAGUGAAAUAUAAGGAGGACAUAAGUGUAAUUUGAUUCUAGUUGUCUCAUAAUAUUUAGUGUCUGAUACUAUGUAGUAUAUUCUUUUCUGUGGGUACGUUUAAAUAGUCAUCUUAUUUAUGAGUAAGUGUAUGAAAAAGGCUUCAUUCACUAUACAAUCAACACUAAAGCCUUAGCAAUGGUUCCAAAGCUUGGUAAUGAUGUUGAGGAUGGUGGAACUGGCCUUGGAACUGAACCUAUUUGAACAACACCUACCUCUUCCUUCUUCAAAGGUUCAAUAGAAAUGAUGUGGUUAUUGAAGGGCUUUUGUCAAUGGAAAAUAUGACUCUGAUUUACCCUCUUGCUGAGAAUCAAGAAGCAGAAAAUAUUUCUGUUAAAUGGUUAAAAAUUCCUGAUUAAGACUUCGAAAUUUUCAUGGUUCUUGAUAUUAGCACCUGAUAGUGUGGGCAGAUUUCCUUUGGCAGUGUAACUUUCAAUCUUGGAAAAGGAAAGUUUCAUUCCCUUCUUCUAUUCAUGUAUGUUUGAAGAUUCCUGUGUAUUGGACAAAUCUCCUUUGGCAAAAGUUACUGAACUUCCUAUAUAUAGUUGGAUUCAGGUAGUAGUAGUAAAAGUAUAUGAAAAAAUAUUAUUACUCAGAAGUAACACUUGGAAAUCCACCUAUUCUGGAGGCAAAUCUCCUUUGGCAUCAUUAUAUUAUCUUCUUCUGCUUCAUCUAGCACUAGAAAUCUUCCUUCCGUCAAACUACCCCGCGAAACCGGAAGAGCUUCUUAGUUGGGCAUAUCUCCUUUGGCACUUUGGACUUGGAGUCCUUGAUUGAUUCCUAUUGUCCUGACCGGCAGGCAAAUCUUCUUUGGCAUCAGAUCUCCUGUUUCGCGAGAUACUGAUUAUUAUCUGUGACAAAAAUAUUUAUCAAUCAAAAGUAUAUACUGCUGAGUACAGAUUAGUUCUGAUUCCAUCUAUUUCAAAAUCUGGCAUAUAAUUGAUGGAUGCUAUGAGUAGUGAUUCGGAAUGGGAGACUUCGAGUGACAGCAGCAGCAGUGAGGAUCAAGAAGAAAAUGAUUUUCAAUACGGUGGUCAAGCUCAGAGCAUAUUAUCAAAUUUAGAGGAAAGCAUUGGGAAGAUUGAUGAUUUUCUUUCAUUUGAGAGAGCUUUUGUUCAUGGUGAUGUGGUCUGCUCCUUGUCAUAUCAGACAGGACAGAUGGGGAGGGUCACAAACGUUGAUGUGUUUGCGGAUUUGGAAAAUGUGAAAGGAAAGGUAUUCAAAAACGUAAACUCCAAGAAACUUUCGAAGAUUCGCUCUAUUUCGGAAGGUGAUUAUGUAAUUAAGGGGCCAUGGCUCGGUCGGGUCCAACGGGUCGUGGACAAAGUGACUGUAUUGUUUGAUGAUGGAGCUAAAUCUGAUAUCAUUGCCUUGGAAAGAGAAAAACUUUUACCACUGACUUGUAAAUUUUCGGAAGAUUUGCAGUGUCCAUACUAUCCAGGACAGAGAGUAAAGGUUAAGUCCUCUGAUGGUUCUAAAUCAGCAGGAUGGCUUUGUGGAACUUGGAGAAACAUCCAAGAUGAAGGAACUGUUUGCGCUGUGGAUACAGGUUUGGUGCAUGUUAACUGGAUGGCUUCUGUUCUUUCGAGUAGCAAUUUGAAUGUGAAUGCUCCACCAUGCUGGCAAGACUCUAGAAACUUGACCGUGUUGCCAUGUUUUUCGGACACGAACUGGCAACUUGGUGAUUGGUGUGUGCUCUCGGUUGCAGACAAAGAGGAACAGAUUAUUAUGAAGCAUAGUAUGACAAGAGCGUGUAAGAGUGAGGGAAAAAACCUUAACUCUCAUAUUGAGGAAUUGUUUAUAAUUGGGAAGAUAAAGACCAAAGUUGACAUUUUGUGGCAAAAUGGUGAGCAGAGUCUGGGAUUAGAUCCAGAGAGUUUACUCCCAGUGAAUGUUAUAAACACGCAUGAAUUUUGGCCUCAUCAAUUUGUGCUGGAAAAAGGUACUUCUUAUGAUCCUCUUCAGCCUAAUAGUCAAAGAUGGGGUGUUGUCCAAUGUGUUGAUGCAAAGGAGCAUACUGUAAAGGUAAAAUGGAAUAAUGUUUCCAUAUCCAAACCUAAUGAUUUGGAUGGAGACGAAAUGGAGGAAACUGUGAGUGCCUACGAACUUGUAGAGCACCCAGACUACUCGUGUUUUUUUGGUGAUAUUAUGUUCAAGGCGGCUCAAAAACAGUUUAAAGAAAUUUCGGUAGAUGACAUGAAUAUGGAGGCUUCUCUUAGAAACGGGAACCAGAUGAGUUAUCAGGAUGACUUCCCUGAUGACUGUUACCUGUCCUGUGUUGGCACUGUUACUGGUUUCAGAGAUAGUAAUGUGGAGGUGAAAUUGGCUACUGGUUUCACAACCAAGGUUGCACCGUAUGAAAUUUUUCGGAUUGAUAAACAUGAAGGCUCAACUGUAACCCCUGCUCCUCAAGAGAUGAUUGAACGCGGAAGUCUACCCUUUGACAAGAAGGGAAAGGAUUUGAUAAAUUGUGAUAGUAAAAAUGAGAAUUGUGAAAAGAACCUUGAGGAGUGUAGUCCCUUUUUCCUUCCUCAAGCUGCCUCUGAAAUCUUCUCAAGCAUUAAAUCCAGCAUAUUCCAAACACUAGGUGGAACUUCAGUUACAGGAGCAUUUUCAUCAGUGCCUACAUUUGAAAAGGAUCAUGAAUCUGAUUUUUCUGAUGAGAAAGAGUCAGAAACUUGUAACCUCUGCAUUGAACCACAUCCAACAACUGAGUUGAAAUCUACUGAAGACACAACUUCAUAUCCAGAAGUUAUUAGGAUCAAUGACAAGAAUGAGUUUCCAGUUUCUUUAGACAACAACAGUUCAAACCAAUUUAAGCAGUUUGAUGUUAUAGAAAGCUGCUCUGAGGACCACCAAUUUUUUGAUGAGGGGAAAGGAUCACCAAUGUUGCAGAUAAAAAGAAGCUGGGUAAAAAAGGUUCAGCAAGAAUGGAGCAUCCUUGAAAAAAAUCUUCCUGACUCUAUUUAUGUUCGGGCAUAUGAGGAAAGAAUGGAUCUCAUGCGAGCAGCUAUUGUUGGUGCAUCUGGAACUCCGUAUCAAGACGGAUUGUUUUUCUUUGAUAUAUGUUUCCCUCCGGAAUAUCCCAACGAACCACCUAUGGUGCACUACAACUCUGGCGGGCUCCGCUUAAAUCCUAAUUUGUACGAGUCAGGGAAAAUCUGUCUGAGUCUCCUAAAUACUUGGACAGGCGCAGGCAGUGAAGUGUGGAAUCCUGGAACCUCUACUAUUCUUCAAGUUCUUAUCUCUCUGCAGGCUCUUGUCCUUAAUGAGAAGCCUUAUUUUAAUGAAGCUGGAUAUGACCAACAAAUAGGCAGAGCUGAGGGAGAGAAAAACUCUGUGAGCUAUAAUGAGAAUGCUUUCCUUGUCACAACCAAAUCUAUGUUGUAUCUAUUAAGAAAGCCACCAAAGCAUUUUGAAGCACUGGUGGAAGAGCACUUCAGACAGCAUUCCAAACAUAUACUUUCCGCUUGUAAGGCAUAUCUUGAAGGAGCUUCCAUUGGAUGUGGAAAAACUGAACAAGAAAACCAGAAGGGGACUUCUACAGGAUUUAAAAUAAUGCUUGCUAAGCUCUUCCCCAGGCUUGUAGAGGCAUUUUCUUACAAGGACAUCGAAUCCAGUCAGUUUUCUUGAGCUGCAAGAAAAACUUACUGAGUUGAGAGUAACUUUCAAAUUUCCCGACCAAUACAUUCCAAACUUGUGUAAUAUCAAUAUGUUUACACUAUCUGUAUCAUAUCAGCUUUAAGCUUGUUGGAACACCUAUCUCCGGGUUCCGUACUCCUGUGAUUAGGUACUGUGUAUGGUUAUGUAUCAAGUAUCAACACAACAGACCAUGUGCACGUGUUGAGUAUAUGUAUCAUAUCAAGGCUUGUCACAUGUAACAUAUGAAAUAAGAGAUACAUUGAUUGGAAUAA